AUGUCCGCAACCAUUCAGAGAGAGACUAGCUCGGCGAACUCUGCUGAAGCCAAGAAAACAGAGCUCAGAGUAAACAAGAAGAAAUGCUCAUGGGCAUCCUACAUGACAAACUCUCCCACAGUGAUUGUAAUGAUCGGCCUACCUGCUAGGGGAAAGACCUACAUGUCUAAGAAACUGACACGAUACCUCAACUGGAUAGGGGUGCCAACCAAAGUGUUUAACUUGGGUGUUUACCGCCGAGAGGCUGUCAAAGCUUACAAGUCCUACGACUUCUUCAGACACGACAACAAGGAAGCCAUGGAAAUAAGGAAACAGUGUGCUCUGGUAGCCCUGGAGGAUGUGAAAGGAUAUCUAACUGAAAAAGGAGGACAAAUCGCUGUAUUUGAUGCAACAAACACAACAAGGGAGAGGAGAGACCUCAUUCUUGAUUUUGGGAAAGAGAAUGCAUUCAAGGUGUUCUUUGUGGAGUCUGUGUGUGAUGACCCAGAAGUCAUUGCUGCUAAUAUUCUGGAGGUGAAGGUGUCCAGUCCAGACUACCCAGAGAGGCACAGAGAGAGGGUAAUGGAUGACUUUCUCAAACGCAUAGAGUGCUAUAAGGUUACAUACCAACCUUUGGAUCCCGAUGAUUAUGACAAGGACCUAUCCUUUAUCAAGGUGGAGAAUGUGGGCCGGCGCUUCCUGGUGAACCGGGUGCAAGACUACAUCCAGAGUAGGAUAGUGUACUACCUCAUGAACAUUCAAGUGCACUCUCACUCGCUCUACCUGUGCCGGCAUGGAGAGAGCAAUCACAACAUGGAGGGCCGUAUCGGAGGUAACUCGGAGCUCUCCCCAGGGGGAAAACAGUUUGCCCAUGCCUUGCGCGGCUUCAUCGAGGAGCACAAACUGUCGGACCUGAAGGUGUGGACAAGCCAGCUGAGACGUACCAUCCAGACUGCUGAGGAGCUGAUUGUGCCCUACGAACAGUGGAAGAUCCUCAACGAGAUAGAUGCUGGUGUUUGUGAGGAGAUGACAUAUGAUAUGAUCCAGAACUCCUUUCCAGAAGAGUUUGCCCUGAGGGACCAAGACAAGUACCACUACCGCUACCUAGGAGGAGAGUCCUACCAGGACCUAGUGCAGCGGUUAGAGCCUGUCAUCAUGGAGCUAGAGAGACAAGGCAAUGUGCUGGUCAUCUGUCACCAGGCUGUCAUGCGCUGCCUGCUAGCCUACUUCCUGGACAAGAGUGCAGAUGAUCUACCCUAUCUGAAAUGUCCACUGCACACAGUGCUCAAGCUCAGCCCUGUUGCCUAUGGCUGUAAAGUGGAAAUGUUUUACCUUAACGUGGAGGCAGUGAACACACAUCGCGACCGACCACUUGAAAAGGUCCCGAGGAACCCAGCUCCCGUCCGGCGGAAUAGUUACACCCCGCUGUCCAGUCACGACCAGUUCAAGCGGCCCAGGCUCUACAGUGCCGGCAACCGUCCCUGGCUCCCCCAACGCCCCUUCCCAUCGGCCCUGCAGUUCCCCGAGAUGCCAGAGGGGGUGCUGCAGCAAAGCCAAGACUCCCUGUGUGAAGGAAUCGACUAUGACAGCCCAGAAGAAACUAGUGGCUGUGUCCGCUUCUGAGUGACUAUGAAGUCACCUUCAAGUUCAGCUGGUGCCUCAGUCUAUCACUGUGACACUGAAGUUCUGCUUAUCCUAUCCUCCAUGUCCCUAUGGCCUUCCACAUCAUAUAAUCAUUUCCCUGCAUGCCAAAUAUCUGAAACCACAACUGUAACACCUCUUUCAUGUAUGCCAAUAGAGAUCAAACAUGAUGCCUUAUGUGUAUCAGAGACCCUUUAUGUCUUGUUGAAUAUAUGUGGCAGCAUGUUAUGGUAUCAUGAAAUCCUUUCCCACUACUGCAGCAUAAAGCAUUUUUGCCAAUUAUCAGAUACAUCCAUAUUAGCCAUCACAUGACAUUAUGAACACAGAAAAACAUAGUAGGAUAAUUUGAUAUUGUGGUCAUAUAUGGUUUGUGUGGAACCAUUUACAAUAAGGAUAUACUGUAUAUAUUUUAGAUUAGAAGUUAGUCCAGUGCUCUUAAAAGGGAAGUUGACAUGUAAAUGAAUGUAUUUAUCUGUCAAUUACUUACUCUGUCUUCAGAUAACAUAAAGGAGUAACAGAAAUAUGUAAACAUGGAAUAAGAAAAGUACUACGGUCCUAGUUAUCAUAGUGUAGCUUCAAUACCUUUCUUAUGAAAUUCUCGCUGAAUUGUCCCUUUGAUUAUAUUCAUGGUUGAGGAAAUGUUUUUUCAAAUAUACACUAGUAGAUUUUUAAGCAACUCAAAGCUUAUUUGAGAACCUUGCCUUUUAACCAAUUAUUACAGACAUGCGACUAUUAAUAAAUGUAGCUUGUUAGCCAUUACCACUAAAACCAAAACAGUGUAAAUAUCCCAUAUUUUAACAGAUGCUUUGAGAUACUUGAAGGAAAUGUCUUAUGAAUCAGGUCACUAGUGUUUUUAUUUAAUUUAACCGGUUUUCAUUUUCUUUUUUGCUGCAGUCAAAAAUAUGCACUUUGCAUUUACAACAUAACUCAUGUGCAGAAACAUUUUAAGUGACAUUUCCUUUGUAAAGGAAAAUUCCACCACAAAGUAGUCAUUUAAUAGGAUAUUGAUAUGUAGAAUACCAUAAGAAUGUACAGUAGCUGUAUAUUAGAUAUUGAGAUGUCGCUAUUUGUAUGAAUGUGUUUGGCAUUCUGCUGUGUUUUGAGUUGGUGUUGUGCUGAAUGUUUUCAUAAAUAACCUGCAUAAAGUGAUGAGAUUUUGGGAAAUUUGCACCAAAAGCCACUAGUCAGUAGGGGCACACAAUAUCCUUUUAAUUUAGAUAAAAGUUAUGCUAUUACGCACACCCAAUUAUUCCAAUGACUGCGAACUACAGUGUCACAAUUAUUUAUGAUUUUUUGCCUGUGUCUUUUGGGGCAUGUUGAAAGCCUUACUGAAAAGUAAUCUGUUCUGUGCAUAGUACACUUGUAAAGAUGUGUAUAAUCAUACACAAGAAGGUUCCAAAGAAAUGUCAAGAGUUGUGACUAUAUAUUUGAUACGUUUUCCAACGAUAGCCUGCUCAGCUCAAGAAUGUACUGUACUCAAUACCCGGCUGCAGUAUUAUUCUCGUGAAUUUUGUCAUGUAAAAUUUUGCCUGUUGAUAUGGACUUCAUUGCCUCAAUUAGCUGGUUUAGCAUAGUUGAAUUGUAUUUAAGAUGUUGCUCCAGUAACUGUAUUAAAG